AUGCUGACCAUCCUCGCUGCCGGUUCUGUAUUCUUCCCGGGCCUCUUCCUUCUCUCCAAGCAGUGCCUCAAGUCCAUUCCGGCGCUGCGAUGGAGCGAAGGAGACGCCGUCAUCGUAUCGGCCAGGUUGGUGUCGUCCAUUCAAGCGGUCAUGGCUUCUUCCGCCGGCUACAUCAUCGCUUCCUCUUGCGAUGACGUAAUCGAGGACCAGCAUUGGCUAACCAGCACGUACAUCAUGUUCGCCGUCCCCUACUUUGUGUACGACAUCUACGCUAUGUUCAUGUGCUACUGGUACAAACUGCGGGUCAAAGGUCACGAGGAGGCGUCGGCCGCCCCCCGCCACAUGGCGUCGGCGCUGACCAGCUACCUGCGCCGCGAGUUCCUAAUGGUGCUGCACCACGUCGUCAUGGUUACAGUCUGCUUUCCCGUUUCUGUGUUUGUGCGCCAAGGAAAGGGAGAUUAUUUCCAGGGCAUCAUGUUCAUGGCUGAGCUCAGUACUCCGUCCGUCUGCUUAGGAAAAAUACUUAUCCAGUACAAACAGCAACACACUCUCCUGCACAAAGUGAAUGGGGCUCUUAUGCUGAUCACUUUUUUCAUCUGUCGAGUCCUCCUCUUCCCUUACCUCUACUACGUCUACGGAAGGUACGCAUCCAUUCCGUUCCACUUGGUCCCCCUGUCGGUUCCGUGGCACUGUAACCUCGGAGCCGCCCUGCUCAUGGCGCCGCAGCUCUAUUGGUUCUCGCUCAUUUGCAGGGGUGCCCUGCGACUCUUCACGGGCGCCCAAAGACGGCGGCCGGGUGCGGCCACCACCACGGACGGCGGCGUGGCAGCACCCCAGCCGGCCAACGGCUACAGAGCGCCGUCCGCAGAGUCGGACUUGGCCACCCACUGA